AUGAUUACAACAUCAACAGUGGCAAUCACGAGUACUUCAAGUUUAACUUCUACUGCAAUCGCACCAACCACGAAUAUGGCCACCAGUACAAUGGCUACCAGUAUCAGUCCAACUACUAGCUUUGUGACUAGCUGGAAUACAUCAGGCAUUACGGUUGCUGGAGUUACAGAUGUACAAGGUGUAACAGCCAAUAAAUUCAAUCAUCCAUUUUGUUUGGUGUUAGAUUCGGCGAGAGCACUUUAUGUUACUGAUCAACCAAACCAGCGAGUUCAAAAAUGGGUGGUAAAUGCGUCGACUGGUGUCACUGUGGCAGGACAAUCUAAUGCAUCAACAGGCAUUACAUUAAAAUAUUUGAGUUAUCCAAGUGAUUUGGCACUUGAUGCAAAGGGUAAUCUUUUCAUUGUAGAUGGAGGGAAUCAUAGAGUCGUUCACUGGACUAUGAAUGCAACAUCUGCAACAUUAGUAGCCGGUAAUGGUAGUGCUGGUAGUGGUAACAAUCAACUAUCAUCUCCAAUUGGUCUAGCAAUUGAUAUAAACGUGAGCACGCUCUAUAUAUCAGACGCUGGUAAUCAUCGAAUCAUGAAAUACUUAGCAAACGCAACAUCAGGUACUGUAGUUGCUGGUGGUCAUGGAGGAGGAACGAACAGUUCACAAUUAUAUAAUCCUAGAGGUAUUUAUUUUGAAUCAUCAACGAACAGUCUCAUUAUUGCAAACAAUGCUGCUCAUAAUAUUGUUCGUUGGGUAUUGGGUGCUACUAGCUGGACAUUACUCGCAGGAAGUAGUACUGGUUUGUAUGGCAGCACAUCGACAUUAUUAUAUAAUCCCAGUGAUGUUACACUAGAUCCAACAGGCAACAUGUAUGUGUCUGACGAAGGUAAUCAGAGAAUACAAUUAUUUUUAGCUGGUCAAUCGAGUGGACAAACUAUUAUCGGUGUCACGGGUAUAUCAGAAAACAAAACUAAGACUACUGAUAAUAUCUCUAAUAAUAAAAACCCUCGUCGUAUUGAUACUCAUCAUCAUAUUAUUCCUGAAUUUUAUGCUAAGGCAGUGGAAGAAACAGGUGGUGAUCCAAGCGGAUGGUUAACUCCAAAAUGGUCUGUUGAAGAAGCUAAAGAACAUAUGUCUCAUUUAAAUAUUGAAACUGCUAUUGUUUCAAUAACUGCACCUGGUACCAAGAUUUAUGAAAAUGAUAAAAAGAAAGGCAGAAUUCUUGCAAGAAAGCUUAAUGAAUUUUCCAAUGAUUUAGUAAAGAAUAAUUCUAAACAAUUUGGUUUUUUUGCAUCACUUCCUCCAUUAACAGAUGUUGAAGGUACUCUAAAUGAAAUUGAAUAUGUUCAUUCAACAAUGAAACCCGAUGGAUAUACAUUAUUUACUAGCUAUGGACUUGGUCAAUAUCUUGGUCAUCCAUUAUUUCGAUCAAUAUGGACUAAAUUAAAUGAAUUGAAAUCUGUUGUUUUUAUUCAUCCAAGUGAAGCACCAACACCUAUGGUUAAUCGUUAUCUACCACAACCAUUAAUUGAUUAUCCUCAAGAAACAACUCGAACAGCAUCUGAUAUUGUUCUUACUGGAACACGUGCUGCAUUUCCUAAUGUAAAAAUUAUUCUUUCACAUGCUGGAGGUACUCUUCCAUUUCUUGCACAACGUAUAGCAAUGGCAGGUAGCAUUCCAUCUCUUCAAUGUUCACGUCAAUCUCACCAAAUUUUAACUGAUUUUCGCUCAUUCUACUAUGAUACAGCUUUAUCAUCGAGUAUACCUCAACUUAUGGCAUUAUUGGAAUUUGCUGAUCCAUGUAAAAUUCUAUUCGGCAGUGAUGUACCUUAUGCUCCUCUUCCUGCAGUCAUUGAUACUACAAAAAGUCUUGAUUCAUUUUUUCAAAAGAAUAAAAUCGAUAAGUUUGAAAAUCUAUGGCAAAGUAUCAAUCGUGGAAAUGCAAAGAUAUUAUUUCCUGGUAAAAUACAAGAUUAA